CAUGCAAGGUCAGGCCUCGCCUGCGGCUAUUCAGUGUAAAAUUGGACUGCGUACCGUGGUGUACAAAUUUUGUGUGUGCUCGUGUGUCUGUGGCGACUUUUCCCGACUAUGCUGACCAGGAGUGUUGGUUUGCUAACCCGCUGCCGACCUCUCAUCACCAGGGUGGGGAGUCGGAGCCAGAGCAGCACGUCUACAGCACAACAAACAGAUGGGGACAUCUUGAGAAAUGCUCAGAAGCAGAACCUGCAAACCAGAAUUGACCUGGCGACCUCCUACCGAGCCAUGGAGUACUACAACCUGCACAUGGGCGUGUGUAACCACCUGACAGCUCUGUGUCCAGCUGCCAGUGGGGAGGGGACCGUCAUGCUACUGGUGCCACAUGGAACACACUGGAGCCAGGUGACAGCCAGCUGCCUCCUUGGCCUGAAUGAGAAGGGAGAGGUUGUGGAAGGCAAAGGCAGAGCAGAGACAAGUGCUGCUGAGAUUCACAUGGCUGUCUACGACGCCAGAGAUGACGUCAAAUCUGUCAUGCACACCCACGCUCCUUAUGCAACAGCUCUGGGAGUGCUGGAGGAUUGUACCCUGCGUAUGAUCCAGCAGGAGUCUGUGCGUUUCUUCAACAACAUCGCGUACGACACAGAGUACGACGGGUUCGCUACGUCUGGAGAGGAGGGACCACGCCUGGCCUCCAAGCUGGGAAAGAUGACCGCCCUGAUGAUGGGCAACCAUGGUGUGCUGACUGUGGGACAGUCAGUUGCACUAGCUUUUGACUACAUGUACUAUCUGGAGAGGGUUGCCAUGUAUCAGAUGUUGGCCAUGCAGACUGGCCGUGAAUUGAGAGAGAUCCAGCCACAUGUAGUGACCAAGUGGGUGGAGGAGGCUCUACAGUACAUCGUUCCCUAUGCUGAGCUACACCUGCAGAGCUUCAUAGACAUGAUGGCCAAGAAGUCUCCAGAAGCUCUGCAGUAAGUGCCAGUGGGACGGCCCUGGCAAGUUGCCCGAUCUCUACUCUACAUUCUACGGGAAAUUAUGUUAAGACUUGUUUCUAUUCAUGUAAUUGUAAUUUACAGCUGAUCUAUGGUUACUGACUCUAUUUAAUGAUAUGUACUCAGUUAAGGCCUGGUCACAACCCGCCGUACGUGCUUCUGCGUGCUGUCUACGUGCAAAAAUGUGGGCAAACAUAGGGCAUCCGUGCGUGGUGAGUAC